GCGUGCGGCUGACGGCAAGGAAGCUCUGUAGAGCAUCCAGCAGCGUGAUCCCGCUGCCUCUGCCUCGUGCGCUCCGCCCUGCCUCACAUGUCUGCUGCCCUGGCUUGAGAGAGGCAGUGCGCUCAAGCUGUACUCACAGCCAAAAUAGUUCAGCUCCCCCGGCAGCUUAUUUCUUAUACAUCGGGACCCGAGUGGGAGUUGAUUAAAUCAUAUAGCUAGCUGAAUUUAGGUGGCAUGUGCGGCUCUUAAUAACCCAGUCAGUGUUAGGUUGAGCGGUAUUUAGAGUUCAGUCUUCCGUACUUAAUAGAUCCGUGGUGCAUACUGCGAUACCCCAGUGCCAUAACGCGUACAUUGUGGAAUAACUAGAAACCAAAAGAUAUAUAUACAUAUCUAUUCAGAUGCAACUUGGAAAAAGUUAGUUUAGAGUUUAGACAAAUUUCAGAACUGUUGAAAGCUGGCGCCGAAAGCCGCUGACCUGUUUCGCGGUGUGCUGGUGAACCCGCGCGGGCGAGAGUGACGCAUCUCCCCUCAGGCACCCAGCAGUUGGCUCCGCGACCUGCCCCACACAGCCUGACCUCCCCUCGCCUGACUCUCCCCACGCUCCCAUUCUCCCCUCUCUUCACCUCAUCCUUCUCCCUCACCCCUUCCUGGUGAAUUCCCGUUCAGGUUCAUAGCGGAUCCUACAAACUAUGAACGGUUACAUGUGGCGUUCCGUGUCCGUUUGAGAGUUCCGAGGCGACAUACAGGGCAUCGAGUACACAGUAGCUGUUGAACACCACCGACGCCAUGACUCGCAGGGACGACGAGUUCUCCGACGGCAAGAGCGUCCAGGAGCAGAGUACCAACUCAUCCUUCAUGCAACGACUUCACCUCCGGUUAAUGAAGACGGUGGGCGUGGGCGUGCCGUGUGUGAGGUCCGGCAGCAUGACGGACUCCGAUGUCUUCAGCAGAGGACGAGGCUGUUCGCGCCGCUGGUGCGUGUGUCUGGUGCUCGCCGUGCUCUUCGUGUCCCUGGGCGCCGCCGCCGGCAUCUACUUCGCCUAUCAGUUCCUGGGUCUGGAGCUUCCCCACGAGCGAGUGUUCCGGGGAGAGUUCCAGGUGCGGAGCGGAGACAGAUGGACCUCGCAGCUGGCCGACCACACCAACCCCUCCUUCAUCACCACCGCCCAGCAGUACGCCACGCGACUCGACACCGUCUACGGCAACUCCGUCUUCAAGAACGUCUUUAUCCGCUCCGAAGUCCUGGGCCUGGACCGGGGCGUGAACGACACCCUGCUGGUCCACUUCAACCUGCACAUCAACUACCGUCGCCUACACCUCGAUGCUGCCGACCUCUACCUGGUGCUGAUGUCUGAGAUCCGCAGAGCAGACUCCGCCCCUCUUACUGGCAUCUCGAUUGAUGAGGACUCCGUCGAGAUACAAGAGCGUACCCGGUCGCUGGAGAUCAUGCCACCGCACCCCGACAACGACUUCCCCAACCUGAAGGAUGAACUCAUCGCUGGCUUCGACGUGACCCCCUCCAGGAACCACCUGACGACUUCUACCCCUGCACCCACCACCACCCCACCACCGCGGAGGUGCCAGGCCCUGGACGUGACCCUGUGUGCCAACCUUCACCACAACGUCACCACCUACCCCAACUUGCUAGGUCACGCUGACGCCCGCACAGUCGAGAGUGACAUCAUCUCCGUCAGGGAGGUGAUCGACUCUGAGUGCCACCCGCUGGCGCAAGAGUUCCUGUGCGAGUUGCUGCAGCCGGACUGUCGCCGCGCCCAGACCAUGAACCCGAGCGGGGUCUUCGAGGACCACAUCAUCAGCCCCUGCAGGGACUUCUGCGAGGACGUGAUGAGCACAUGCGGCCGCCGCCUGUCCUCGCACCUCCGCCUGGCCAUAGACUGCUCCAGCUUUCCGGCCCUGGACGGGGGCCGAGAGUGUACCACCAAACCAGGUUGCGCGCGGGAGCUGCGCGUGAAGGGGUGGCCAGAGAGGGUGUGCGACGGUGUGGUGGACUGCGCCGACAUGUCCGACGAGGACCAGUGCUCCAACUGUGGCUCCAAAGCCUUCAGGUGCGGGUCGGGGCCGGCGUGUGUGUCCCAGGAGCGCCGGUGUGACGGCAUUGAAGACUGUCCCAACGGCUCCGACGAGCGAGGCUGCCUGUCGCUGACGCCGACGCCGACGGACCCUGAGGCCCUGAAGGAGCAGCAGUGGACCAAGUACAACCGGGAGGGCCUGCUGCGGUACACGGAGGGCGGCCUUCCUUCCCGCGUGUGUGUCGACAACAUCAACAAGACCCUCACCACGCAGGAGGCCCACCAGCUCAUCCACAACAUGGCCGAGGUUACCUGUGAUCUAUUGUCCUACGGGGGCGUGGAGCUGGUGGAGGUGGUAACUGAGGACGUGUUCGACCACGUGCCUGGCCUCGGCUACGUGCAGAUCACCGACGUGUACUCCACCAACAUCACCUUCGAGCCCGUAGAGUGUCCUCGUCGUACCGUCGUCUACAUGGUCUGCUCCGAACUAGCGUGUGGCGUGCGGCCGUUGUACCUGGCGCCGCGCGACCCGGGGGUGGAGGGCAGCGUGGCGCGGACGGCAGGCAACGGUGACUGGCCGUGGGCAGCAGCUCUCCUGAAGGACGGGGUGCACGCCUGCGACGCCACCCUCAUACACCCCUCCUGGCUCCUCACCACCUCGCUAUGCUUCCAGGGCCAGGGUCGGGCCCUGUGGGUGGCGAGGCUGGGGGGCAUCCGCAUCUCGUCGCAGGCGCCGUGGGUGCAGGAGAGGCUCAUUGUGGGCAUGGUCAAGUCUCCGGUAGAGGGGAGCCAGAUCGUCCUCAUUAAGGUGAGCCCUGAACGCUCUACACGCAGCUCACCUACAGCAACGCUUGCGGACUCCGAGGUAGAGCUGAGUGAUUAUGUACGUCCAGCGUGCCUAGGCUCCCAUGCAUCUGUGUCCCAGCUGUCCAAGCGGAGGUGUCGUAGUCUGGGUUGGGGCGCCAGGCGCGACCCACUGGUGGAACUGUCAGUGUCGGUGACAGCUGGGGAGGUGUGUCACCGUCUGGACGGCUCUAAGGACAACACCAUUUGUGCCCAGCAGACAGCACCUACAGACAGAUGCCUGCUGGAGGAAAUGAGUGGUGGUGGUUUACUGUGCGAGUGGACAGGACGAUGGGAAAUAGUUGGAGUAGCCACAUCCCAUACUGGCUGCUUCCAGGGUUCACGUCCACGUUUAUAUGACGAUAUUACCUCCACAACUGUCAGGUGGAUAAAAAAAACCAUUGCAGCGUUCCAGCGUAACUCAUAACCCAUAAACAGUGUCAAUCUUUUCCUUUUGUAGGGACUAAAUCUUAGGAACCUACAUACCUGAACAACCUAGCCUGAAGAUAUGUAAAAAAAAUGUUUAAUGCAAAUUCCAGCAGGUUGUAGUCUUAUGUUUGUCUCUGGAAUCAAAGUUGUGUCUGAUGCCCUUCAAACUAAGCAGUGCUUUGUAUCUGAAAACUACACAGCAAGGGACACCUAUACCAGAGCAAGCAAUAUGCCUGCCAAUCAGCACUGGCACGCUACCAUUCUUUUUUACCGGUAGGUAUAUAGAGUACAGUACUUACAUAUCAAGUAAUUACUUAUCAGCACAGUUAAUUUAUCAGAACAACCAUAUCGAAUACAUAUCUCAAGAACCAUAGUUUGAUAUUGGUAUAGUAGUUUAUAAAUAUCAAGGAUUUAUUGUUGAUUUGAUAUAGAUAAUUUAACAAAAAUAUAUAACUAAUAAUGCAAGGGCAAUUGUUAUGUUCAGUAUCACUUAUAAAGAGUUUAUUGAAUGCUUGCACAAUACAGUACCUUUUAGACCCCUUACAAUAAUAAGUUUAUAUUCUCAUGUUAUUUUUUAAAGAGCUUUAUAGCUUCAAGCAUGAAUAUAUAAGAAGAGUUUAUAAAUUAUUAUUUAAGGUUAAUUUCUAGCAAAAACUACAGGAAGAGAUGGGGCCCAUACUCAAUGUAUUGUGCAUAGUGGUAGAGUAGUCAUAGUUUGGGAGCCUUGAGUAUUUCCUGUCAGCUUGCGACCAAUGUAAAACAUGUAUAGGUUGGCGUUCUUGUGACUACAACUGAUCACCAUGCAUUCUGUUAGUUUGGGAUGACCUAGAUGGUGUCUCCUAAUGGUCCCAUAGCUGCUGCAUCUAGAUGGUGUGUGUGCUAAUUGUCCUAUGGCUGUGUGGAAGGCAUGUUUGUAAAUGUGUCCAUGAAUAACUAUGGACAGUAUGUGUGCUAGUGGUCAUAUGGCUACUUUUGCUGAUGGUUCUGUGUUUACAUGUGCUUUUCAGGUACUGUAUAAUGUCACACUAGCUUUUCUGAUUCAUAGAUCGCCACCAACAAACAUUGCUGGGUGCAUAUAUAAAAAUCCUAAUAGUGCAACGGCAUCUAUGUCUCAAGACUGCUCUAUUGUUUACACGUGUCGAUAUAUGUUGUACAGGAAGCCGAGUUGCUUUUGGUUGAUGUAUGAGCAAUCUCUCGCUACAGAGAAGUUUUAUAAUCUUACAAUGACCUGUUGUACAGAAACACAUAUCCAAGAAUUUUAGUAGUAAAGUGUUUCCAUGCUCUGUAUGGUUUUGUUAAAAGUAAUAAAGUACCAAGUUUGCAUGAAUAUUUUUCACUAUGCAUAACACAAAGUUGAAAUACAAAAAAUUGUGUUUACACCAAUAGCAAAAGACAAGUUCAUGUAUGUGACAGUUAUUCAAGUUAUAUGGAAUAGAAAUGAUUAUGCUCAGUCUGGAUGUUCAUUCAUACCAUUACAUUUUAGUGUUUCCACAAUAGGUGUACAGUAUUUAUAAACUAGAUAAGAAAUACAACUCAUGUAAAAAAUAAUACUGAAUCCAUAGUUAACUUUAUUUUUGUCAUAUAAAUUGUCUUCUCUCUCUCUCUCUCUGUUUCUCUCACACACACACACACACACACGUCAUGCGCGCACACACACACACACGGGACCAAAGAGCCAAAGCUCAACCCCCGCAAGCACAAAUAGGUGAGUACACACACACACACACUGUACGUACGUACGUACGUUCGUUGUGCACACACACUGAAGGAUGAAGCCCUAGAAAGCCAAGUUUAAUAAUGGUAUAGACAUGAACUCAUCAAUGAAAAGGACUCAAUUAUGAAGAGGUAACUAAUAUCUCUCAAUUUGCAUUUACACUAAGAUUUAAUUGUGUUUUUUUGCACAAAUGCCAGAAAAUUGUUAAAAUGUUAGGUUUUAAUAACUAUCAAGUCUAUUAAAACACAUUGAAUGUGGAUAACUGGCACUUAAGGUGUUGUAUGUCCAGAAUUAAAUUUAAUAAUGUUCUGAACUUGAAAAUGUUAAUAUUUAAAUACUGUAGAACUUGGAGCAUAAAAUUACAUAACAAAUUUAAUCAACUUUGAAAUGAUUAUUACCAAAAGUGAUUAUAACUGUAUGACAUUUCUCUACUUUGGAUAAAGUUGUCAUUUUUUAUAUAUAUAUAUAUAU